ACAGAACAUUCCAGAACCCAUUAAGCUGAACAUUAUAUAAACCGGUUCCCCCGUCCCCGACUCUUCGCCUCUCUCUCUCGCUUAUAAUACUCUCUAUAUUACAAUUCUCUCAGUAGUGUGAAAACCCUAGAUUUUCAUCGGCGACAAUGGCGGACACGGAGACGUUUGCUUUCCAGGCCGAGAUCAACCAGCUGCUGAGCCUCAUCAUCAACACUUUCUACAGCAACAAAGAGAUCUUUCUCCGUGAACUCAUCAGCAACUCUUCCGAUGCUCUAGAUAAGAUUCGUUUUGAGAGCUUGACUGACAAGACCAAGCUCGAUGCCCAGCCAGAGCUAUUCAUCCACAUUAUUCCUGACAAGACUAACAAUACCUUGACAAUUGUUGACAGUGGAAUUGGCAUGACCAAGGCUGAUUUGGUGAACAAUUUGGGUACAAUUGCAAGGUCUGGUACCAAGGAGUUCAUGGAAGCUCUUGCUGCUGGUGCUGAUGUCAGCAUGAUUGGUCAGUUUGGUGUUGGUUUCUAUUCUGCUUACCUAGUUGCGGAGAAGGUCAUUGUUACAACAAAGCACAAUGAUGAUGAGCAGUAUGUCUGGGAAUCCCAAGCUGGUGGAUCAUUCACUGUUACCAGAGAUACAUCUGGAGAGGUGCUUGGAAGGGGUACCAAGAUGGUCCUCCAUCUCAAAGAGGAUCAGCUGGAGUACCUCGAGGAGCGCAGGCUCAAGGAUCUAAUCAAGAAGCAUUCUGAAUUUAUCAGCUAUCCCAUCUCUUUGUGGGUUGAGAAAACAACUGAGAAGGAGAUCUCAGAUGAUGAGGAUGGAGAAGAGAAGAAGGAUGAGGAAGGGAAGGUAGAGGAUAUUGAUGAAGAGAAGGAAAAAACGGAAAAGAAAACGAAGAAGAUCAAGGAAGUGUCUCAUGAGUGGGAUUUGGUUAACAAACAGAAGCCCAUCUGGAUGAGGAAGCCUGAAGAAAUCACCAAGGAGGAGUAUGCUGCUUUUUACAAGAGUCUAACAAAUGAUUGGGAGGAACAUUUGAGUGUAAAGCACUUUUCAGUUGAAGGUCAGCUGGAAUUUAAGGCUGUUCUGUUUAUUCCCAAGAGGGCGCCUUUUGAUCUUUUUGACAACAAGAAGAAGCCUAAUAACAUCAAGUUGUAUGUUCGUCGUGUCUUCAUUAUGGACAAUUGCGAGGAGUUGAUCCCUGAUUAUCUUGGCUUCGUCAAGGGUAUUGUGGAUUCUGAGGAUCUUCCGCUGAACAUUUCUAGAGAGAUGCUGCAGCAGAACAAAAUCCUAAAGGUUAUUCGCAAGAACCUGGUGAAGAAAUGUCUUGAGCUCUUCUUUGAAAUUGCUGAGAACAAGGAAGACUAUAACAAAUUUUAUGAAGCUUUCUCGAAGAACCUUAAGCUAGGGAUCCAUGAAGAUUCUCAGAACAAGACUAAAAUUGCUGAAUUGCUGAGGUAUCACUCCACCAAGAGUGGGGAAGAGAUGACCAGCCUCAAGGACUAUGUCACAAGGAUGAAGGAGGGGCAGAAUGAUAUCUUUUACAUCACUGGAGAGAGCAAGAAGGCUGUUGAAAACUCCCCCUUCCUUGAAAGGCUGAAGAAGAAAGGUUAUGAAGUGCUUUUCAUGGUUGAUGCAAUUGAUGAGUAUGCUGUGGGUCAGUUGAAGGAAUUUGAGGGCAAGAAGCUAGUUUCUGCAACAAAGGAGGGGCUCAAGCUUGAGGAGAGCGAAGAUGAGAAGAAGAAGAAAGAGGAACUGAAGGAAAAGUUUGAGGGACUGUGCAAGGUUGUUAAGGAUGUUUUGGGGGACAGAGUUGAGAAAGUCAUUGUGUCUGAUCGUGUUGUGGAUUCACCUUGUUGCUUGGUUACUGGUGAGUAUGGCUGGAGUGCUAACAUGGAGAGGAUCAUGAAGGCACAGGCUUUGAGGGAUUCCAGCAUGGGAGGCUAUAUGUCAAGCAAGAAGACAAUGGAAAUCAACCCUGAGAAUGCUAUUAUGGAGGAGCUCAGAAAGAGGGCUGAUGCAGACAAGAAUGACAAGUCUGUAAAGGACUUGGUUCUUCUGCUAUUUGAGACUGCUUUGCUUACUUCUGGUUUUAGUCUUGAAGAGCCGAGCACCUUUGGCAACAGGAUUCACAGGAUGUUAAAGCUUGGUCUUAGCAUUGACGAGGAUGCUGAUGAUGCUGAUGCAGAGAUGCCACCACUGGAGGAAGCAGAUGAUGCUGAGGGAAGCAAGAUGGAAGAAGUUGAUUAGAGUGAUUACAUUUUCAGCGUACUCUCUUUGCCUAGUAGUUUUUUGUUUAAUCUCGGUAUAAAACUGGACGAAUGUUGGUCUUUUGUCUUUGAAUAGGAAUGUCUUUUGGUACUUAUGCUGGUUCUGAAUGAUGCUGUUAAGUUUAUUAUUUAUUACUAGCAAAAUUGUUCUCA